CCAGACUCGAAGAGAGCCAGAGGAACCAAAAUGGCUGUUAUCUUUGAUUCAUGGAUGAAUGAAAUGUUAGCUCUACUGUCCACAAUUUUUGUGAUUAUCUACGUCACAUUCAAAAUUAAUUAUACCUAUUGGAAGAAGAAGGGACUGCCCUAUUUAGAGCCAUCCUUUCCACUAGGGAAUGCCUGGGAUACGACGCUCAUGAGAAAAAGUCCAGGCGAGGGUAUGCGAGACGUGUAUUUUGAAGGCAAAGGAAAGAGUGUAGUGGGUAUUUACACAAUAAACAGUCCAAUUCUCAUCUUUCGAGACCCAGAUCUAAUAAAGACGAUCAUGGUGAAGGACUUUAACUAUUUCCCUGACCGGGGCAUCUACAUAGACGAGGAGACAGAUCACCUAUCAGCACACUUAUUCUUCCUCGGUGGCACCAAAUGGAAGUCUCUGAGACAGAAGCUGACGCCCACGUUCACGUCGGGCAAGAUGCGCGCCAUGUUCGGCAUCGUCCAGGACUGCGCACGCGUUCUGUCUGACGUCACACCGGCGGGCAAGGUCGUGGAAGUGCGCGAACUGAUUGCCCGCUACUCCACCGACGUCAUAGCCUCUUGUGCCUUUGGGAUCAAUGUCGACAGUCAGCACAACCCUGAGGCGGAAUUCCGGCAGUGGGGCAGGCGCUUCUUCAAGCCAUCUCUCCGUACCUACAUGACCCAGGCGCUGGGAUUUUUCAACCCCAAGCUGCGCAAACUGAUACCUGUGGCCUUCACGCCUAAGGACAUCACAGAGUACUUCACGCGAGUCGUCGAGGACACAGUAAAACACAGAGAGGAGGCUGGCGUUAUCAGGAAGGAUUUCAUGCAGCUGCUGAUACAACUGAAAAAUAAAGGAUAUGUUGAUGACAGCUUCUCAAUCAGUGUGGAGAAGAGUGAAGAAGCAGGAGGAAAUAAAUCUCUGACGAUCAAGGAGUUGGCAGCACAGGCGUGGGUGUUCUUCCUCGCUGGGUUCGAAACUUCCUCAACCACCGUAAGCUUCUGUCUGUACGAGCUUUCUAAACAUCCACAUAUCCAGAAGCGGCUGCAAGACGAAAUUGAUGCCGUACUGAAGAAGUCCAACGGCCAAGUGACAUAUGAAGAUAUUACGUCAAAUAUGCCAUAUUUGGAGAAAGUGAUAGACGAAACUCUUCGCGUAUAUCCACCGGUUGCCGCUCUGAACCGCGAGGUGGUGCAGGAUUACAAACUGCCAGGCUAUGACUGUGUUCUGGAGAAAGGAACUAAGGUCGUCAUUCCAGUGUUGGGCCUUCAUCAUGAUCCCAAGUAUUUCCGAAAUCCUGACCAGUUCGACCCAGAGCACUUCUCUGACGAGCAGAAGGCUUCCAGACAUCCCUUCUGCUAUCUGCCCUUCGGUGAGGGGCCACGUAUCUGCAUUGGCAUGCGUUUCGGAUUGGUGCAAGUGAAGCUGGCGAUGGUACACCUGCUGUCGAAGUUUAGCUUCCUGCCCGCUGGGGAGAAGCCAUCCAAGCUCCGGAUGGCCCCGAACAACCUCCUGCUGACGCCGGAGGGCGGGAUAGAGCUGCGCGUCGAGCGGCGACAAGUGCCGGCCAGCUGAAGCUCCAGCGACUGCGGACAACACUCGUAACAGGAUGACAUUUCCCGCUGAAGCGAACCUGCUGGACAGAACCGUUGUACACAUUCGUUUGUUUAUUCGUUUCACCACAUGAGCACGUCGCCAGUUAUUAUCUAAACGAGACUGAUGUAACGAAACUGGCUCUGGUGAGAUUAAACUACCGAAUUUUGAUUGUGAGUGUGCUUAAACAGUAAUACCCAGAAACGUAAUGAAGCGACAUUUAAUGACUUGAGAGGAGGAAAAACUGCGUUUUGAUACCAGAGUUACUGUAAAAGUCACGUUCGCAUUUCGUAAACAAAACCCCUGUUGUUGUUGUGGUCUUCAUCCGGAGACUGGUUUGAUGUAGCUCUCCAUGCUACUCUAUCCUGUGCAAGCUGCUUCAUCUCCCAGUAACUACUGCAGCCUACAUCCU